AUGUGCGCAAAAAGAUUACAUGAUGUUGGGGGUGCUUGCGUGCUUCUAGCUGUAAAAGUGGAAGAGCCUAAACCUAGGCGAACCCUUGGCGACGUUUCAUCUGCAUGCGCUCGUAUAGCGCGCAGAGAUAAAAGCCUGGACGAUAAAAAAGAAAUUGAAAUGUGGAUUGACACUUUAAAACAUCUGGAACCAUUAAUUGCAGCAAUACUUUGCUUCGAUUUACAAGUCGAUCAUCCGUACUUACCCUUAUUAAAAUAUACAAAAGAAUUAAAGGGGUAUAGUAAAGAAGUUUUAAGGGAUCUGGCUUCUGCAGCAUGGGCAAUUAUAAAUCACAGCCAUCGAACACCGAUUUGUUUGUUUUAUCAACCAACAACAAUAGCCAGCGCAGCUGUAUUUAUCGCGUCCAAAGUGGGAGAUGUAUCGUUGAACGAUGACGCAACGAAAGGAACAGUAUGGUGGAAUGUCAUGCAAAGCAAUAUUUACGAGACAACAAAAUGCGUCGAUGACAUUUUUGAUAUGUACACGACAACAUGCCCUAAAUUAAACACGAGUUCUGAAGAGACAAAAAUAAAUCCUCUUGCAAAUGCAACGAUUGUCAUGAACUCGUGUGAAACUAACAAAGCUCUUAUGUCAGGAUCAACAACUCCAAUUACCAAUCCAUUAUUUCAUGAAUAUGAACUUAUCAAUAUCGAUCAAAUCUGCGAACCUCCGAUAGAAAACCCAUCACCAUCAAGUCAUACCAUAGACAAUGAUGAGGACGAAAUUGAAUUAGAAAAUGGAGAUGAUACUGUAAUUGAGGUAGAAUGUGAGGGGGCAGCGCAUUACUUUAAUUCAGUAUCAAAUGAAGAGGGGGAAUAUUUACAGGAUGGACAAUAUGGUGAUAAAGAUUCACAAUACGGUGGAUAUGAAGAAGACGACGAAGAUAUGGAGUUUUCAGAUGGGUCACAGUUCACAGAUUCGCAACAUACAGUGCCGUCAGAGGAAGGAGAGGAAUAUCCUGAAUCACAGUAUGAGGAUGAUGGCGUAGAGUCGCAGCGCUAUGAAUCACAAAAUGAAGAUGGCGCACUUACACAGCACGAUGGAUCACAAUAUGAAGAUGGUAUAUAUUCACAGCAUAAUGGAUCACGAAGUGAAGAUGGUGCAUAUUCACAGCAUGAAAGAUCAUAUUAUGAAAACGGCACAAAUUCACAUGAUGGAUUAUUACAAGAUGAAGAGCAAGGCGAAAUAAACACACAAAACGGCAACGGAUUUUAUAAUAACAAUGUACAAUCAACUAAUCAUCAAGGUGAAGAUGAUGAUGUUAGUACUAUAGGAGAUGAGUUAGAAGAGAAUGUCGCUGAUGAUGUAGAAAUGCAUGACGUAAACGGGAUCGCUAAUUAA